UAUUAUUUGUCCUCAACAUUUUAUACACACACCGACUCACAAUCCAUUGCCAUGUAUCUUUUUAUAUAAAUACUUUAAGCAACAUUUUACUCUUCCUCCUCCUUAUUAAUCCCUCUCUCUUCUUUUUUCGCUCUGUUACUGUUACCUAUACAAAUUAUUCGCCCGCCCGCUAGCUCCGAUGGUGGAUCUCCAAACUGUAUGUUGCAUGUGCGGCGACGUCGGUUUUUCCGACAAGAUUUUCCGCUGCAGCAAAUGCCGCCACCGCUUUCAACACUCGUAUUGCAGCAACUACUACAGCGAAUUUUCGGAGCCAAUUAAGCUAUGUGAUUGGUGUCAAAGCGAAGAAAGAAAUGCCAGACAUGGAAACUCUUCAAAGAAAUCUAUCGGACUCAACGAUAUCGGAGGAAUCACAAACCGAUCGGAGUAUUCCUCAGGUGAUAAAAUCAAGCAACAUCAUGAUCGAGAUGACAGCGCCGCCGCCUCCCCCGCUGCGGAGAAAGGAAAGUCCGCUCCAAGUGGUGUACCGUCGCCGAGAACAGCAACUCGCAGGUACAAGCUUCUUAAGGAUGUCAUGUGUUAGAAAAACAAGAUCACCUGGUGAUCAUAUAUUAUAUAGUAAUUAUAUAUAGAGUAUAAUCAAACUAUAUGUUAUAAUGAAGCUGUGAGUUUUUGCUUAUGUUUUUGAUGAUGAUCGGAUAAGUUUUGUUAAUAAAAUAAUGCCAACUUUAGUUUCCUGAAUAUGAUCUGUGGCACAAAGUUCGAUCUCAAGCUCUAACUUUUUCCAGAAUUCCUUUUGUACUACUACCUAUAAAUAUAUAAACUUUUUAGCUUGUUUUGUUAUUA